AAAACAUGCUUUUUUUCCUAAUAAAGCCUUAGCCAUGUCUACCUUUAAUAAAAAGGUAGACAUAAGGUUGCUUAAAACUAACUCCGUAAACAAGUAGUGUCAAUACAAAUUCUCAAUUGUCAUUCGAGUUUGACAGAACAUUGAUUUAUAAAUACUGUGGGGUAGAAUUUAAGGUUAUAAAAAUGUUUAGAAAGUUAAGAAUACAUAAUUUCACAUCGUUUUACGUUAAUUACACGACUAGAGUAGCGGUAGACCCUACCCUUAAGGAGAAUUUCGAUACCAAAGUCUUCAAACCGCGGAAACAUCCGGGAACAACGCGCGUCAAAUUAGUUACCAUACCGCCGGAUAUACAACGAGCUAUAAAGUUGGUUUUGGACGACGCGGGGGCUAAAGCACAUUACGAAGAGAGUCUAAAGUUAAGCAACUACAUCCGCUCCCGUCAUCUCCCUCCAGAAGAUGGAGAAAUCGAUCAAAAAGCGCAGAAAAUCUACGAAAAAAUCUCGAACAAAUUGGCUAAGAAAAACAACACGGACCUGACAGAAGAAGAUCAGAGAAAACACGAAAAUACUGUUAGGAAUAAAGUAUUUAGUGUGUUAAAAAGAAAUGUGUACCGUUGGGGAAACAUUGCUUAUGACCAGGCAACAAGUUUACAAUAUUUAAUGAGCCGAGCAGCUCCUGAGUAUGCAGUCUUAGUACGAAUAUUAGAUGAGAUACACAAGUUUAACCCAGAGUACAAACCUCGGAGUUUCUUUGAUUUUGGCUCCGGAGUUGGCACUGGCAUGUGGGCGGUCAACCAUUUCUGGAAAAACAACAUAUUUGAAUACUUCUGCGUUGACACAUCAACAGCAAUGAAUGAUUUAGCUCGGUUAAUACUAUGUAAUGGAAGGGACAACGUAGAAAUGCCAUACAAAGGAUUCUUUCAACGUCAAUUCUUGCCGGCAUCCUUAGAUCUGAAAUACAGUAUUGUUUUGUCUGCAUACUCAUUAUUUGAGCUACCGAGUAUGAAAGCUCGGUUGGAGACGAUACAGAAGCUAUGGAACAAGACAGAAGACUACCUAAUCAUCGUUGAACACGGUUCCAAUGCAGGAUUUCAAGUAGUAAAUGAAGCUAGAGAGUACGUCCUUAACCUCAAAUCAGAUAAGGACCGAGUUGGUUAUGCAUUCUCUCCGUGCCCAAAUGACAAUGUGUGUCCACGUUACUUAGAAAAGGAAACCCCAUGUAACUUUCUAAUGAAGUAUGAAUCAUUACCGUAUGCAUCAAAACCAGAAGUGUACGCAGAUCUAUUUUCUUAUGUGAUAUUAAAGAAAGGGUCCCGUCCGUCUGAUGAUCCACAGUGGCCUCGUAUUGUAAGGGCUCCUAUUGUAAGAUCUAAGCACACAAUUUGUAGGUUAUGUACCGCUCAAGGGGAGCUCAAAGAGAUCAUAUUCUCAAAGGCCAAGUAUGAUCAGACUACGUAUCGCUGUGCCAGGUCUUGUAACUGGGGGGAUUUGUUGCCAGUUAAAUAAAAUCAUUGUUAAUUGA